AUGUCCCGAUCAAACGAUCCCGGGCACUACUUCCAAACGUCCGAUGCCCUCGCCACCUCCAAGCGCAAAGCAGCCAAAGCCAAGAACCAACACGGAGACCCAAUCCAGCUCCCGUCCAAAAUCCUCGCCGCCGUGCCCGCAGGUGCCACCAACAACAACAACCAAAUCUACGUCGCCGAGGCAGCAGGCGAAAUCCACCUCGUGGACCUCUCAUCGAAGCAGACGGAAAACGUCUUCUCCCAGGGAUCCGCGCCGCUGACAUGUCUCGCCGUGGGCGCGGAUGGGACGGUGUAUGCGGGAUCUUGGGACAAGAACGUCUACGCCAUUGAUCCCACGGGCAACAAGACGAAGACGAAGACGAAAGCCAAGACCUUGCGGGGACACACGGAUUUCGUCAAAUGUCUGCUCAUAACAAAAAUUUCCGGGAGGGAGAUUCUCCUGUCCGGCGGCGCGGAUGCUACGAUUAUCGUUUGGGAUUUAUCAUCAUCAUCAUCAUCAUCAACAUCGGGUGACUACAAAAUCCUGCAUAAACUCAAAGUCCACACCCAAAAAGCUCUCCAGGCUCUGGCGAUCGACGCGAGCGCGACGACGGAGGACUCCAUCACCCUCUUCAGCGCCAGCAGCGAUCGCGAGAUCCGCCGUUGGGAAAUCAGCCUCUCCACGACACGGGAAAUCCACACGGACGAUGCCCUCCUCCGACCCCACGAGACGAGCAUCUACCGCCUCCGCUGGUCCUCCGAAAAUGGCGACGGCGACGACGGCGAGGACGGCGAUCUGUGGACCGCCUCGGCGGAUAAAACCGCCAAACGCCUCCUGCGACACGCCCACUUCGCCACAUCAGACACCACGCUCGAGCAUCCGGAUUUCGUGCGGGAUGUGCUUCCCUUCGACGCGCUGGGUCUCGUCGUGACGGCCUGCCGGGACGAAGAAGUGCGCGUGUGGGAGAUUGCGAGCGGGCAGGUGCUGUGCACGUAUAGCGGGCAUUACGAGGAAGUGACGGGGCUGCUGCCGACGGACGAGGGGAAGGGGGUGGUGAGUGUGAGUAUUGACGGAACGGUGAGGAAGUGGAGUCUGUUGAGGGAAGAAAUGGCCCAGUAUCAGGAGCGAUUAGCCAGAGAGGCCAACGGAGAGGAAGGGAUAGAAGGAGCGAAAACGGAAGAAAACAUGCUCACGGCAGAGGAAGAAGCGGAACUGGCAGAGUUGAUGGAAGACGAUGAUUGA